AUGAGUCGAUUUAUACUGGACUCUUCUUCCGGGCAAAGCUCUACCGGAUUGAACAUCAGAAAAUAUAUCAAAGAUACCGAGUUGAGUGACGGAAUGAUAAAUAGAAGCAUUGGAUCAACCUUACCUUCAUCCAAUGAUGAAAAUGUAAAUAUAAAUCAAAAAAUUGAUACUGGAUCCUUCCAUUUUGGUGACUCAAAUGUGAUAUCCACUAAUUCCCAGAAUUCAAAUACUUCAAAUAACUCAAAUAACAAAUACAAUUCGAUCGAAAAUCAAUUAAAUCCAAUCCUUGAAGAAUCAACUAAUAUACAAGCAUCCUCCACUUCUUCUUCUUCCUCUCCCAGCAUUCAAUUCAAUUCUCCUAAAAAAUCAAAUAAUGAUAGUCAACCUUUUGCAAACUCAACAGAAAUUAUCCAUGACUCAGUAAACAAUGACGAAAUAUUAUCUGAAAAUGUCGAUAGUGAUAAAGAAAAUAAAUCCUCUGCUCCUAAAAUUCAAAGUGUUAACUUUAAUCUCCCAGAAAAUGAUUAUAAAAAAAAUUUGAAAUAUCAACCUAACGUUAAUUUCGAAUAUAAUAGUGAAAGUCCUUCUAUCAAUUCAGGUAAUUAUACUUCCUUACCAGUUUCAGUCCCAAAUACUUUCAAAUAUAAAUCUCAUCCAAAUGCUAAAACUAAACCUUCAAUUGGUAAAAACCCUCCUUCUUCAAAUCAUUCUUCUUCCAUUUUUAAAACUCCUCCAAUAAUUCAAUCAAAUAAAACAAUGAAUUUUAAUUCUCAAAUAAUCGAUCAAAAUGAAGAUGAUCAUUUGAAUACCCCUGAUUGGAUGCCUGCUGAACUUAAUGAAAAAUGGAUUGAUCAACCUGUAAAUAAUAAUAAUUUAAAUCUUAAUGAUUUUGUUGCCUCAGUUCGUUUAAAUAAAACUCCUCCAAAUUUAAAUGCUGAUGAUUUAAAUUUAAAUUUAUCUUCUACUAAUACAAUGAUUCAUAAUUCAAAACAUUCAUCAAUUCAAAUUCCAAUGUGGAAAAAAGUUAAUGAUGAAUAUAUAGAUCGAAAACAAUCUCAACAUCAAUUACAAAAUAUCUUUAUGACAAAUGAAAGUUUCAAAUUAGAUUCAAAUAAAUUUUCAAAUAAUCAUGAUAAUACAAUUAAUAAUAAUAAUUCAAUUUCUUCCACUAUUUCAACACCAAUGGUUUCCAUUAAUAAAACUGGUCAAUUUAAUAAUAUUCAAAAUAAUAACUAUCAACAAAAUUUAUCGAAAAAUCCUGGUUCUCCCUUUAAACCUUUCGAACAUAAACAUAAUACCUUCACUAGAAACAAAAUGAGUGAACUUUUAGAAAACUUGUCUAAAGUAACACCAAAAUCUAAAAAACCAGAAGUUGAUGAAAUUUCAUUUAACUCUUCAAAUUUUAAAGUUAAAAAUUUACCUAGAAAUGCUUCCUAUUCUGAUGAACAAUAUCGUCAAAGAGCUAAUAACUUAUUUGAUAAUCUUCAAAAAAAAGGUUAUCAGGGUAAUAGAUCUUCAAAUAAACCUUUGAAAAAUCCUUCUAAUGAAAGCGUAUCAAUUAAUGGUAAUCAUACAACUGCAACUUCAACUCCUAAAAAACUUAAUGGUAUUGAUGAAAUUAACUCUCAAGAUACUUUUUCAUCUUAUGAUAGUGGAUUUGAUAAUGAUGAUUCUAAUUCAGAUGAUAAUCUGAAAAAAGAACCAACUAACAUUGAUGAAUUUACUUCUUAUGAAAAAUCUCAAUUUAUUAAUAAUGUCAAUAACGAAAUUCAAAAUCAAAAUUCAAAAUCCCAUAAUGAAAGUUCAUAUACUUUUGAUGAUAUAACUGAGAUAAAUAAUGCAAGAAAUAAAUUACCAGCCCAUUUAAAUCAACCUCCUGCAACCGAUUUCAAAUUCAAUAAAUCACCAAUGAAAGAAUUCAAAACUCAAUCAAAUGGUCAAUUAUCUCAAAAUCCUAUACCUCAAUUACAACCAAUGGAAUCGGUUCCACAUGAAUUGGGAAGUUUUAUAAAAUUUCAACCUCGUAAUGCUUCAAGUUCAAGCAGUUCAUCAUUUGAUUCUAGUGAAAAACAUGAUGCAAAAGUUGAACAGCUUGUUUCCCGUUUAGAUCAAUUAGAAUCAGCAAUUAAAGAAAUGCACUCAAAUGAAGACUUUAUUAAACAAGAAUAUUUCAAACUCCAAUUAGAAAAUGAAAAAUUAAUGGAUGCAUUAGCAAAUUCAAACCAAAAAACUGACAAAAUUCAUGAUCAUAAUAAUAAUUAUGAUCAUAAUAAUAACGAUUUCAAUGACGAUUACGAAUAUGAUAAUCAAAAGAAUAAUGAAAUCGGCUCUCAAGAAAUUUCAAUUGAUGAUAUUGAAAUCAGUGAUGAUCACUUGGAUAAUGACAUUAUUAAAUGGAAACGUGCAUCUCAAUUAAAACUUCAAUCAGAUAAUCUUUCAACCAUACCUGAACAUCCUAAUAUUAAUGAUCAUGUUGUAAGAGGUCGGGUUAAACCUGAUUUAAAUUUACCAGUAAGUUAUGAUAAUAUGGUACUUGAUAUUAAAAAUCAAAAAUGGGUCACUAAUGAUAAAGAAAAUCAACAUGGUGGUAGUUUAGAUUCUAUUGAAGACUUGAUAACUCAUUCUGAGGAAGAUGAUAAUAACUUGAAUAAUAACAAUAAUAAUAAAUUUCAGGAAAAUGCUCAUCAUUAUAAUGAAAAUGAAAGUCCUAACGAUGGUAGCAUUUUAAAAUCUCCUCAUCGCAGCGCAAGAAGAAUGAACAGCAAAUUAGAAGUAUCAUUUGAUUUACCCCAUGCUAUGAACUCAAGCAAUGAUCAUCAAAUGGAUAGCAAGAAUGAAGUUGAUGAAUUCCCAAUCACUCCCGAUCAAUUAAGUUCCGGUGGUAGUAACGUUACACAAGUAUCACAAUUAGAUGAUUUAACAUUUUCACAAAUAAGGAAAAAAUUGGUUUCCGUUAUCACUGAUGUAUUAUCGAAUAAUUCUUCUGAUGUAUCAUGGAGUCAUUUGGAUAAAAUUUCUUUAGCAAAUUGUUCCUUAGAUAAUAUCAAAGAUUUAUACAAAUUUUUACCUAAUUUGAAGACUAUUAACAUUUCUAAUAAUUAUAUCAAAUUUUUGGAAGGUUUACCUAGAAAAUGUUUGAAUCUUGAUAUUUCUAAUAAUUAUAUUGAUAAUAUCACCUCCUUUAAACAGUUUAAAGACUUACAGUUUAUUAAUGCGUCUUUUAAUAGUCUAAUCAAUCUUUCGAAUUUUUCCCAUAAUAUUCACUUGACUAAAUUGAAUUUACAAGAUAAUCGAAUUACAACUCUCGAUGGAAUUGGUGCCUUGACGAACUUGACUUCAUUAAAUAUUUCAAGAAAUGAAAUCGAAGGAAGUAUCGAUUUUGGUAAACUUAACUUGAUUAAUCUUCAAGAAUUGAAUUUAUCAGAAAAUAGAAUUGAAAAAGUAAUAGGUAUUGAAAAUUUACCAAAUUUGAGAGUCUUGAAUUUAAAUGAAAACCAUUUGGAAACUCUAGCAUGUGGUGAUAAACAUUUACUCUUGAAAAAAUUGCUUUUGAAAUUCAAUAGAUUGAAGAGACUCGAUUUAAAACCUUAUCCGUUUUUAAGAGUAUUGAGAAUUGACGGUAACUUUAUCAAUAUUACGUCUGAUUUAAAAAGGUUAACUUAUUUGGAAGAGGUAUCUUGCAAGUCCCAGGCAAAUCCUGAAUUGGUUGAAAAAAUGGUUUCUGAAGUCAGUGACGUAACAAAAUUAGACUUAUCGGGAAAUUCAUAUUUCAAUUUUAUAUACGAUGGAGAUACCUUAAAUAACAGAAUUAAAGUUAAUCCGUUUUUAAACUUGAAUAAUUUGAUUUUAUCGGCUAUGGGGCUUUCGAAACUUCCUGAAGGUUUUUCAGAUUUAUUUCCUAAUGUUCGUGAAUUGAAUUUGAAUUUCAAUAAAUUAAGCAAUAUUCAAGGCUUAAGAGGAAUGAAGAAUUUGAAAAAGGUAUAUCUUUUGAGCAAUAAUAUUAGUACAAUUGAAAUGAUCCUAAAAAGUCUUGCCGGAAGUAGAAGCACAAUAAAACUACUUGAUUUCAGAUUAAAUCAGGUGAAUAUGGAUCACUACCCAUACGUUUUCAAUCCACAAGAAUUAGAAUUUUCGCAGUAUCAAAAGUAUACUAAUGAUUCAAGUCCAAUAGUUUUAGAAACAUUGGAUGACAUUGAAAACUUUGCAAUCCACUACAAGUCAAUGAGCAAAGGAAAUAGUGAUUGGUCUGAAAGGGACUCAAAGUACGUUGAAAAGCUUUUGAUCGACUCUAAUCCUAAGUGCUUUAAGGAAAGGCUCGAUUACGAGACAUUGUUAAUCAAUUUUUUCCGCCAUUUAAAAGAAUUAGAUGGUGGAAUUAUUUCUCAUACGAAACGCAUGAGCUUGAAACGAAGAAUGGUUUCGGGUAGUAUUGAUGAUUGA